AUGACCCUGGAUUCUGGUUGCAUGAGACAGGUGGCUGUUACAGUUAGAAGAAAAUAUCCAUUUGGGAAGUUAGAAAAUAAAAUAUCCAUUUGGGAACUGGUUAAACGACAAGCUCAAGAUGAGGCCCCUCCUGCGCCAAAGCCAGCACCCAAGCCAGCAGGGGUUAAGAAAUCAAGAAUGCAGAAGAAAAAGAAGAAGAAAGAUCCAAAUGAACCACAAAAGCCAGUGUCAGCAUAUGCCUUGUUUUUCCGAGACACGCAAGCGGCCAUUAAAGGACAGAACCCAAACGCAACAUUUGGAGAAGUUUCAAAGAUUGUUGCUUCCAUGUGGGAAGGCCUCGACCCAGACCAUAAAAAUGUAUACAAAAAGAAGACAGAGAUGGCAAAGAAAGAAUAUCUGAAGCAGUUGGCAGCAUACAGGGCUAGUCUCGUCUCUCAG